CAUUAUUUACACUUAAAAUGCUAUAUUUUAUUGUUUUUAUUGCUGGGAUUUGUGUUACAAAUGCACAAAUGCCUCCAACAACUACAGAAAACGUCAAAUUUGUUAUUUAUGCAAAGGACAAACAAUUCUACGACCUUUCCCCGGAAACUCUUCAAUAUAUUGACCCUACAGUCAAAACAGUCUUUGUUGUUCACGGAUUCUUAUCCAGUAUGGCCACGGACAACUACAUCACAAAUAUAACAUCAGCCUACAGAGAUGUUGGUUAUAAUUCAAUUUGUGUUGAUUGGACAGGGUAUCUUUUUGCAAUCAACUAUCCUAUAUUAGUUUACGGUGGUAUAUCUCAGAUUGGUACGGCCCUUGGUGACAAAAUACUUUUAUUGCUAUCACACGGUGUAAAUCUGAAACAAGUUGAAGUUUUUGGCGAAUCUUUGGGUGCUGAUAUCGCAGGGUUUGCGGGACGGUACAUAAAACAACGUACAAACUCCACGCUUCAUAGAAUAGCUGGAUUGGACCCAGCGGGACCAUUAUUAGGCAGGGUAUUCGGGAUAUUUGAAAAUCCAAACGCCUUGAGGGCUACUGAUGCUGAUAUCGUGGACAUUUCACAUACAGAUGGGGAAUUCUUGGGUACCACUGAUAAUAUUGGCUCGGUUGACUUUUAUAUCAAUGGCGGAUUAUCACAGACAGCUUGUGAUGAAGCUACGAUGAAUCCUCUUGGUGGGAUUAUUCUAAAUCUCUGCAGUCAUGUAUUUGCUUCUAUUAUCUUUCGAGUAUCAAUUGGUAACAGUGAUUAUAAAGCAUCAUCAAGUCCCGACACGUGUGAGAAUCUAGUUGUUUACGGUGACCUCUUCAAUGGAAAUGCAACUGGAAUAUAUUUCCUGCGCACUGAGAAUGAUUAUCCAUACAAAUCAAUAUGUUAAAUAAUUCAAAACAUAGGCGUAAUUUAUAAUUUACGGCGAGUUUCAACUGGAAUGUCGCUCAGAUUGAAACCAAUUAUAACCGGGUUAUAAUUGAAAUUUAAAUGCUUCAUCAUUGUGAAUGAUUGUGAGUUUAACACGCUUCGAUGAUUUUAUCCGUUUUGCAGUUCAACAUAAUACAUUCGAGAUGUUUGCCUUGAGUGCACGAAUCAGGUUUUUCACAUUAUCUACAACAAUAUUAAAAUAUUUCGAUAAAUAAAAUAGUAGGUCAUCAUUACUGCAUUAAAAUAUAAAAAGAAAA